AUGGAUCCAUUAUUUAAGAACAUUUGGGAGGUAGCCAAACACUUGAGCCAAAAAGGGAAGGUUACCACCUCAACCCGCACCCCUUUCUUUAUCGAGAAAGAGAUUUUAACGUCUGGUGUCGAAGAUGAAGAUACUGAAGCAACUCCACGCAAUAUUAUUAAACAUCCCGAAAACAAACCGCUCGCAGUGAUUGAGAAGUCUGCGCUAUAUGUAAGAGAAUCAUACGAGGACCUUUACGACCUAAUAAUCAAUCAAGUAGAUGGGAAUUUCAAAUACAAACUCCUCGUCACUGGCACGUCGGGUGUCGGUAAAUCAUGCUUCUUGAUUUACCUCUUAAUCCAGCUUUUCCAUGAUUUUGAGGAUGUCACGAUCAUUCUCCAGUCAAUCCAAAACGAAUACUUUUAUUGCUUUCAGAGUUCUGAUUUCAGUGUUGGGAGCUAUGAUGACUUCUCGGCUUACUUCAGAUCCUCCAAAACGUGGUAUCUAGCGGAUGGUAUUCUUUCUCCCAAGCUUGUCCCGGCAAAAACAGUGGUUGCUUUAUCCGCAAAAGGCGUCUACAAAGAUGAAUUUCAAGAAUUUGAUAAGAUACUUGUGAGGCAAUUAUACCUUCCUCCUUGGUCGUUAGAGGAGUUGUUAGUUUGUCAGAAACAUAUCUUCCAAAAUGUACCGAAAGACAUAAUAUUGAAUCUUUAUGACAAGGUGGGUGGUGUGCCGAGAUACGUUCUCCGAAGGGCUGAUGACGCGUUGCAAUGCUGUAAGGAUCCAAGAAUGCCCGACGAGAAGGAUAUUAUAAAACGUGCUCUUGGUCGCGUUGCAACUGCUCUUCAGCAAGUCAAAAAUUUCGAUGACCUUAUACUUUGCGUUACUGAGGAUGCCUACUAUAUUCAAUACAGCAGUCGCCUUGUUCACCGAUGGCCGGAUCCUUUUUAUGAUAGUUACUACCUCCAAUGGGCCUCUCGUUAUAUAUACGAUAAUAUCCAGGAAAGGUUAGAGAAGCAGUCAUCGAAUGAUCUUUUGGAGAGAAUUCAAAGGAUGAAAAACUUUCCCAGCGCCAGAGGGAUUAU